UGAAUUCGCUCUCUCGCGCGAUCACACGCGCCCGCGUCUGUACCAAUAUGUCCGCGUCCAUAGGCAUGCGCUCCCCGCCGCCGCUCUCCCCGUCCCCGCGCCUCGGCAGCUCGCAGUCGUCGCCCAGGCUGCCUGGCUUGUCUCUGUCCUCGCGCCAGAGCAACGCGUCGCCGAUCCCGCGGCCGCAGUUUGACGCGGAGCUGCUGAAGGCGUAUAUGAAGAAGCUGCUGGCGACGACCUUGCUGAAUGCGGCGUGGCCAGAGGCGAAGGAUAGGGAUCGGGUGAAGGCGUGGAUGAAGGAGAUUGGGGAGCGGGUAAAGGAGCGGAUGGUUGAGAUCCAAGGGAAGGGCUUCAAGUACGUCGUCUUGACGCAGAUCAACGAGAACCUGGGGCAAGGGGGAAGAGCCGACCUAGUGUGCCACUGGGAAGACUCAGACAUCGUUGCACAAGAGGUCUUCACAAAUCACUCGUUGAUAUGCAUAUGUAUCGCGUUUGCUAUACGGACAAGCUGAACCUCUGCCAACUGAACCCCCACGAUCUGCGCCGGCGCUUACCGCCCCCUCUCCAUGUUACGUGCGUUGUAUAUUAGAGGAGCACCCUGGAUGAACCGAUACCCUGGACCUUAGCUAACCCCUGCUUUAAUACGAUCCGUUGAAGGCACACCAGACGUUUCUUCCUCCCUC